GACAGUACAGGAGUGAACACUGGAGGGUAGCAACUUCCGUUUCAAUGUUCACUUACCUAUCAUAUUAUAUGAACCUUCAUUAAAUUAAUUCUUUUGUUGUUCUCGUUAUUUAACGAGCAUAGUAUAAGUACUAUUAAUAGGACACUGCAGUGAAACCGCUGGUGCGUGAGAUGAAAUGACAACGUCAACACUGCAGAAAGCGAUUGAGCUGGUCACUAAAGCCACAGAGGAGGACAAGGCCAAGAACUAUGAGGAGGCGCUGAGACUCUACCAGCAUGCUGUGGAGUAUUUCCUGCACGCCAUCAAAUAUGAAGCACACAGUGACAAGGCAAAGGAAAGCAUCCGUGGGAAGUGUAUGCAGUAUCUGGACAGAGCCGAGAAACUCAAGGAAUACUUGAAAAAUAAGGACAAACAGGGCAAGAAACCAGUGAAGGAAACGCAGAGCAAUGACAAAAGUGACAGUGACAGUGAGGGAGAAAAUCCUGAAAAAAAGAAACUCCAGGAGCAUCUGAUGGGUGCGAUUGUGAUGGAGAAACCCAAUGUGAGGUGGAGUGACGUGGCCGGACUGGAGGGGGCAAAAGAGGCCCUGAAGGAAGCUGUCAUUCUGCCCAUCAAAUUUCCACACCUGUUCACAGGCAAGCGCACUCCAUGGAGGGGCAUUCUUUUGUUCGGGCCCCCCGGCACAGGAAAGUCUUAUCUGGCCAAAGCUGUCGCCACCGAGGCCAAUAACUCCACCUUCUUCUCCGUAUCUUCCUCUGACCUCAUGUCAAAGUGGCUCGGCGAGAGUGAAAAACUGGUGAAGAAUCUGUUCGAUCUGGCUCGCCAGCAUAAGCCGUCCAUCAUCUUCAUAGACGAGGUGGAUUCUCUCUGUGGAUCCAGAAAUGAGAAUGAAAGCGAAGCCGCUCGGAGGAUCAAGACGGAGUUCCUGGUGCAGAUGCAGGGUGUUGGUAAUAACAAUGAUGGGAUAUUAGUUCUCGGUGCUACUAACAUUCCCUGGGUGCUUGAUGCUGCUAUCCGCAGAAGGUUUGAGAAGCGUAUCUACAUCCCGCUCCCAGAGGAGCCGGCGAGAACGGCCAUGUUUCGCUUGCAUUUGGGUAACACGCCUCACAGUCUGACCGAGGCAGACCUGCGUCAACUGGCCCGCAAAACGGAUGGAUACUCCGGAGCCGAUAUCAGCAUCAUAGUACGAGACGCUCUCAUGCAGCCUGUCAGGAAAGUGCAGUCCGCUACGCAUUUCAAAAAGGUGCGAGGCCCGUCUCGCAGUAACAGUUCUCUGAUGGUGGAUGACCUCCUGACCCCGUGUUCCCCCGGUGACCCUGAUGCCAUAGAGAUGACCUGGAUGGAUGUUCCCGGUGACAAACUGCUGGAGCCCAUAGUGUGCAUGUCUGACAUGCUGCGCUCUCUGGCGACCACACGCCCCACCGUAAACACAGAAGAUCUGCUGAAGGUGAAGAAGUUCACAGAGGAUUUUGGACAGGAGGGCUGAACCACGACACACCAUUCAAUCCAAACAUCCAUUCGUAUGUAGCUGUCCCAACUCAACCAGGACUAUCUACUCUAAACUAACCCGCAGCCUGACCGGCAGGAGCAUGUGAUCGAAUCUAACAUCUCUAAUCGCCCAACACUACAGAACAUCACAUUCAUCAGAUUGGAAAGACGAAAGCGCAAGAGAGAGCACGAAGCUUGCUGUAAAUUGUUUUCUGUUUACAUAAUCAGCUUGGUUGAAGUUUUCAUUCAUUUUCUGAAGUUUUUCUUGUCUCUCUGCCCUUGAUUCUGAACUAUCAACAGUACAGAUCUCACACCAAUGAGUAUUUAUGUUAAUUUAUUAUUAGUUCUUUGGAUUGUUUUGAGCGCAGAUCACUUUGAGCUUUAUCAGUAUGUUUUUUUUUGUCCAGUUUAGUAUUGCAGCACUUUACUGUAUGAACAUGGUCUGUGUGAAUCUGUCAAAGACACGACUGGGUCAUAUUUAGCCUCAGAAUUAAACGGGGAAAAAUAUCAAUUGUAUUUGGAAAGAAAAUGAAGCCUAUUUGAUCAAUUAUUCACGCAGAUGAUUUUUUUUUCUCUACAGUAAUUGAGAUUUGCUUAAUGUAAUUUCACAACGCAAUUAGGUAUGUGGCUGAAGAAAAGUCUAGUUUACAACUAUUCUGCUUUUUUUUGUAGUGUGACUGUGUUUUCAGUGUAUUUUCCGUUUGACCCAAAGGCUGAAAUCUGACCUGGCUGUUUGUUUGACAGACUCACCCAUCAACAUUUCACUUAUUUAAAAAAAAAAAACUCCUGAUAAAGCAGAUGUGUUGUAAUAAUGAAGUGUGUUACAGACCAUUAGCUGUCAUUCAUUCUGAAGAAUAACAUUGACCUGAUCUGAAAAUAAUUACUUUUAAAAAAAAAUUGUGCAUUGUUUGUGCAACUGUUGUACUUCAGCCUGUCCAGUCGGCUUCAAAUGGAUAAACCUGCCUUCUGAUAAUUGUUCUGUAACAUUAACAAUUUAAUCAAAGGAUAAUUUUCUCUGAACAUGCUGUGUAUGUUUCCAGGAAAAAAGCUGACUUUCUAUUUGAUUUGAGAAGGGGAAAACUCAGUGUUUCUUUACAAUGGAGAAUGUUGUGAAGAAAAUGAAGAAUUAAGCACAAUGUACCUAUCCAAAUAUUAAUCUUAUGUGCCAACCAAUUCAAAUAUCUCACAAAAUCAGCUCAAUAUCUUACUGAUAUUUUUUCUUUUUGACUUGGAAGCAUAACUGAGGGAUCAUCAGUCGUUCCCUCAUUACUUUCUUCUGAGGAGAACAACAUUUCCCAUUUAGAUCCUCCUUAAAGGAGAAGUUCACUUCAAAACAAAGAUUCACAUACAAUGUACUCACGCCCUUGUCAUCCAAGAUGUUCAUGUCUUUCUUUCUUCAGUCGUUAAGAAAUUAUGUUUUUGAAAGUGGACUUCUCCUUUAAGCAACAUCUUAACUAAAACAAACCUGACAAGAAUCAUAACAAUUGUGCUAUAACUAUCAAAUCCCUGCAUAUAACUGAAGAUGACGUUCCGAUUGCCUUCUGUUCAUCAUUUGGUCAAAUAAACAAAAAACAAUUGCCGACAA